AUGCUUAUGUAUCGCAAAACAAAACAUUGGCUCUUUAGCUGUUCCAUUUCGAAAGCGGCUAGAUACUCAUCUUUUGGUCGUUUACGUCUCCUCCACCGAAUUCACUGCCGAUGCGUCUCUUCCGGGAAUAUGGACCAAGUCCUUCUAGAAAGAGGAACAAUAGAGUCACAUCCAGCAGCGAUGAGAACGUCGCUAUCCUGCAACUCCGAGUCGGAAGGUGAUUUCGCAGACGAAAACGUUGGUCUCAUCACCAAAACGAAGAGGAAGGGCAAAAAUAAUCUGGAACGAACUCCUCUACUGCAUCGUCCAAUGUCAUCCGCAGACCCAGCCACUGUAGAAUUUGGGCGUCGACUAGAGCGCGAGAGUGAAGAGAACAGGAUCUCCAGUGAAGACGAUGGAACUAAUACAGGUGGUGAACAGUAUGGGAGCACAACUGGCGCCGACUUCAAGGCUGUUGUUGACGAAGCUAUCCGGGCUAUCCACAACGGCGUUUUCCCUGAAAGAAUCGCCCAAGGUUCUAGCGGUUCCUACUUCGUUAAGAAUAUGCAAGGGAAGAUCAUUGGAGUUUUCAAGCCGAAAAAUGAGGAGCCUUAUGGUCAUCUGAACCCUAAGUGGCUAAAAUGGUUCCACAAGAUUUUUCUGCCAUGCUGUUUCGGAAGAAGUUGUCUCGUGCCAAACCAGGGUUACCUAUCAGAAGCUGGUGCGUCCUUAGUUGACAAAAAACUUGGACUGAACAUCGUACCUACCACAGCUGUGGUGGAGUUGGCAGCACCGACGUUCUACUAUGGAAGGUUGGAUCGUGCAAAGGCGAGGACAAAGGAGCGCAUCCAGUCAAGAUAUCCCGAUCUUGGUCGACGCUUCCACAGAAUUGGCCUCCCUCCUAAGAAGGGCAGUUUCCAACUGUUUGUCACGGGAUAUCAAGAUGCAUCGCACUGGCUUCGAAUAUGGGACAGUUAUCCAGAACAAGCACCUCCACCGGUGACGCAAAGAGAGUUCCAGUUGCUUUUCGAAAAGAUGGUUGUUCUCGAUUAUGUAAUCAGAAAUACCGAUCGUGGUAAUGAUAACUGGUUGAUCAAGUACGAACAAGCUGACGUGGCGGAAACUCCAAUAGUGCCAAAUGAUCCGAAUCCCACGAAUGUAGCAGAAACACAGCCACCUGAUGAGGGCCAGUUGAUUGACUUAGCAGAAGCGAAUGCCCGAGCUUCCGGUCCGGAAGAAUUGAUUGAUGAGCAACAACAAAGAACAAGUGGUGAACCGGCACCUGCAGAAGUGGAGUGGGCUGACGUGACAGUGCCAAAAGUAGCAAUUGCAGCAAUUGACAAUGGUUUGGCAUUCCCCUUCAAACAUCCGGAUGAAUGGAGGGCAUAUCCUUUUGGUUGGUCAUUGCUUCCAAUGGCCCAGAAACCCUUCAGCGACGAAACUAUCGAUGCAAUACUACCCAAGCUGGACGACACCAAUUUUGUUCGCGAACUUGGCGAGGAAUUGAAACAGGUGUUCAGGAGAGAUAAAGGAUUUGACAAGAAAUUGUUUGAACGUCAACUCUCUGUAAUGCGUGGUCAGAUAUUCAAUCUGCGAGAAGCCCUGCGCACAAAGAAAUCUCCGUACCAGCUGAUUUUGAUGCCUGCUCAAUACAUGGUAGAAGUGAAACAAAAGCGGAGGCGACAGCGUUCCCGUUCCGAGAAUGACGAACGAACUGACUACGAAUCGGACACUGCCAUAUCCAACGUUCCGUCGUCGUCUGGUGCUGAGCAGACUCCGACGGUGGCAGCUCGCCGUUCAUGGCAUGAUGCCUAUCAGCAGAAAGUUCAGACAAGAAGCCCGUUCUUCCGCUGGUGGUAGAGCUGAUAUCCUGUUGCUUUCCGAUUUUCACUUGCAACUCAACCACAUAUCAUUCAGUUUGCUAGUUUCUGAAGUUAACUAUUUACUACAUCUUUUUCGGAAUAUUAACCAGUUGUCAAUCCUCUUUCUUAACAUACGUUACAAUGACUUAUAGUUAUUCACAAUAUCCUUUUGAGAAUGCACUGUCAAACCUUUCUGGGGCAGCCUAAAAAAGGUAUCUCCAUUGUUGGAAGUGUGAUCCGGUUUUGUUUAUGAACGCCUCUAAUUGUUUUUGCUUUCACUGUGACGAUCAACGAAAGAUCGUGCGCGCUACUGCUCUGAAGAUUUUGUAAAACGCUCCACUGGAUACUUUUGCUAUUAACGAAACUUUUGCAAGUAGGUAAAUUGUAACAUUUCUUAGCAUGUACUUAGUUGCGGGUUCAUUGGUUUAUUCACGGUAUGUGGUUCAGUUACAUAACGCUAGCUUUUCUGACUUACGAAAAAGGAGCUAUCUUUCCUCUAAAGUAUUGCUAUUUUUUGUAUUGUAUUGAAUAUAUCUUGAUAGUGAUGGCUAACAGUUCUAAAGGGUAGUCAAGUUAUGGAACACUAUCCGAUU